ACACGCUGAGAGAACCGCGCCGCCCGGGCCGGGCCUCCCCGUCCCGCCGGUGACCGCCCCUCUGCGGCCUGCGCACGCGCAGAACCGGUCUCCCAGGGUUUGCCCUGGCGUUAGGCGGGCUGUUUGCCAAGGCGGGUGUUUCCUGUGUGGUCGUCAUUUCUACUGUCCUGCCCCGUAGAGGACGGACGCCAGCCUCCCCAGACCCUGGAAUUCGAGUUAGGGCAGAAUCCAGGGGCCGAGGCGCCUUCCCCCGAGAGGUGGAAGCCAUUGCAGUGGAGUUUGCAAAGAGGUCCUUGCUCUUAAGUCUUCCCAGCUCAGAUAAAUGCACGAGUUCAGUUGAUUUAAGAGUCUGUUUUGAGCGUCCUCGUAGGAAAAGGCAACGGCCCUUCUUCCAUUUUCAGAGCUCUGCAGUUUAAUGGGACAUGUAAGCAGGGUGGCGCAAGGUUGGUAGGCUUUAUACUGGGGGCGCCCAGACGCCCGGAGAGAAGUUGAGGUUAGAGGAAAUGGUAUCUGAGAUUAAGCACGAAAGGAGGUGGCCAGAGGCAAGGAGAACGGUAAGGGAUGCCGCAGUUUUAGACAGCCACCCAUGAGGGAAGCAGAAGUCUUACCGCUGAGCAAACUCAGUGUGGGUGUGGGAGUAAAGUCACAUCGGUUGAAGAGGCGAAGGACACCACUUUGUACACCGCUGUUCGCUGUUUGGACUUCUUGAGGUUGGCCCUCCCUAUCUGCAGGGUCUGUAUCUGCACAUUCAAUCAACUGCCGAUCAGAACUUCUUCAAAAAAGCCAGAUGCAGUGGUAGGAGGCACCUGCAAUUCCAUCACUCAGGAGGCAGAUUCAUGAGUACAAGGGAAUGAAGGAUGGCAGCGCGCCGUGCGUUGAAAGCUGUUUUGGUAGAUCUCAGUGGCACACUUCACAUUGAAGAUGCAGCUGUGCCAGGCGCACAGGAAGCUCUUAAAAGGUUACGUGCUGCUUCUGUGGUGGUUAGGUUUGUGACCAACACAACCAAAGAGAGCAAGCAAGACUUACUGGAAAGGUUGAAAAAAUUAGAGUUUGACAUCUCCGAAGACGAAAUCUUCACUUCUCUGACGGCAGCCCGAAACUUGGUAGAGCAGAAACAAGUCAGGCCCAUGUUGUUGGUUGAUGACCGUGCACUGCCUGAUUUCACAGGAGUACAAACAGAUGCUCCCAAUGCUGUGGUCAUGGGCCUGGCACCAGAACAUUUCCAUUACCAGCUUCUGAAUCAAGCAUUUCGGUUGCUCCUGGAUGGAGCCCCUCUGAUAGCUGUCCACAAGUCCAGGUAUUACAAGAGGAAGGAUGGCUUAGCCCUGGGACCAGGACCAUUUGUGACUGCCUUAGAGUAUGCCACAGACACGAAAGCCAUAGUAGUGGGGAAACCAGAGAAGACGUUUUUCCUAGAGGCACUGAGGGACACUGGCUGUGCACCGGAGGAGGCCAUCAUGAUAGGAGAUGAUUGCAGGGAUGAUGUUGGUGGGGCACAGAACACUGGCAUGCUGGGCAUCUUGGUCAAAACUGGGAAAUACCGAGCCGCAGACGAAGACAAAAUUAAUCCACCUCCCUACCUAACUUGCGAGAGCUUCCCUCACGCUGUGGACCACAUUCUGCAGCAUCUCCUGUGAACCCACAUGUGACGAGAGGCUGCUUGAUCCACAGCGUCCAUUGUCUAGACUGGAUGGAUCCCUUUCUAACCCAGUGGCCUCAGUAGACAGCGCCAUCCAGUGAUGAUCCUAUUGAACCUUCUUUCAUUGUGCAUUAAUUAGAAAGAGGGGUAUUGAAUUGCAGCCAGCCCUAAGCUUUGCUAAUCUCUUUUGUUUUGUGAAAGAAGAUGAGACCUGAAGAAAGGGAGAGCCGAGAUUUUGUGCCAUUCCUGUUAAAAUAUUCAUCAGGUUCACUGGGCUGGGAAGAGAAGCUCCUUGGGGAGUAGAGAAGCAGUAGUUCUCACUUCUCUUUGCUGGAAAUGAGAGGGGAUUGUCUGUGAGUACAGCUGAAUCAUACAGGGAUGCACAGACAGUGCAUUAGGCUGUCAUGGAGAUGCAGAGUUCACUGUGAAACCCAGCAGAAGAGCCAGGCCGAGUGCAAGGCAGAAGCAGCGUGGCAGGUCCUUCUGCUGAGAUCCAGUGACGGACGCUGCUUUAACAGAUGUGGAAAGCCAAAUCUUCCACUGCACUCCCAGCACAGAUGACUUCUUUUUCUCUUCAUUAGCCAGAGAUGACUAAUUUAAAUUUAGAACCCGAAUUUAAUUUAAAAUAAUAUUUCCAUUAAUAACCUAUUCAUUGCAGAUACCUAUUAUCCUGUGUAACAGUUGUUUUGGAAAUUUUAUGUAAAAUUAAAACUAUCAGUAUUUUACAGAUGUUUUAAUUAGACAUUGUUAUUAACAGGAACAGUGCAGAAACUGAAAUCAAGCCUUUAAUGUCUUAUAGACCGUGCAUUUUUGAAGUUAGUGUCCACUGGGGACCUAUUAACUGUACAUUUGCAAGAUUUCAUUAUUUUUGCCUCUGGCACUGUGGGAGAAAUCUUUUAGGAACUAUUGGGACAGAUUCAAACUUUUAUGUACUUCUUACUACAGUUGUAAAAUGAGAUCUCGUCUCGGCGCCUGGAUUAUUCUUCUCGUGUUAAACCCACCCAAAUGAAGGAGACUAAGUAGGUAAUGAUUUUCCUGGUGCAUUUGCAUGCUGUGCUAAUCUGAGGCCGUGGCAAUUGUUUUACAGGGCUCUUGGGCAUUGAAUUAUUAGAAUGUAAUUGUGUAUCAUUGCCGUGCUCACCUUAUUGAGGCACACACUAAUGUUAAUGAGCUUCAGCAUUGAUGCUUGUUUAGAGAUCAGCUCUGUCUUGGAUGGAAGGGAACAAAGCUAAAUAAAUGUACUUUAGUAAGUG